AUGAAGGGCCCUUCUACUCAAGGACCGCUUUUCAGGGCUUCUAGCCUGGCCUUUCAACCAUCAGCCUUGGGACUAAGAUUGGAAGGAGAGGUGCCUCAAUUCCAUGGAGAAAAGCUGGAAAGAAUCCUCAAGGUUCUCAAGGAGAAAGGUGUGGAGUGGAGGGAUGACAGCGAGCCAGUGGCAUUGAAGACAAGGACUGAGAGUGGUACAACAGGAUUCUUGGAGACCAUGUCUCUUUUACUCACAGGAUCCCUCCUCCACCUUCAACUUCUGAAGGGAGACAGCGGAGGGCCCUUAGUGGUGCGCUACGGGGGCACGGCCUUCGUGAGCGGCUUGGACUCCUACCACCAGCCGGAGGGAUGCGCAGUGAAGCCGAACGGAUUCACGAAGGCCUCCGCCUUCUCCGCCUGGAUCCAGUCCACGAUCGCCAACUGGGGCUGA